AUGAGUGCAUCACAAGCAAGUGUCAACGGCGCGGUGCCAAUACUGUUGCUCAAGACGAGAUCGUCGCCGGGAGAUUCGUACGAAGAUCUGUUCGAGUCAACCAACGAGGACGGCUGGUCCUUCGAGCCCACUUUCGUCCCCGUGCUGCAGCACACCCUCAUCCGAGAGGGCCUGGAUGAGGUGCGGACCCUUCUUCAGAACCGAGGCAUUCGUUCAGACGAGGGCGCGUCCUACGGCGGCCUCAUCUUCACCUCCCAACGCGCCGUCGAAGCCUUCACCAGCCUCUCUGUCCCCGUCUACAGCGUCGCCCCGCGACGACGCGGGGCCUGGUCGCCGGGUCCCAGAACGCCGCCCCUGGCCAUCCACGGCUCCCACACCGGCAACGGGGACGCCCUCGCCGCGUUCAUCCUCGACGACUACGCUGUGGCCCGCUACCCCGCGCGCGUGCCGAAACCGCCGCUCCUGUUUCUCGUCGGCGAGCAGCGCAGGGACAUCAUCCCCCGCACCCUCACCGACCCAACCCUGCCGGCAGACCGCCGCAUCCCCGUGACCGAGGGUGACCGUCUACGGCACGGGGCGUCAUGCCCACGUUCCCCCGACCACCUCGCGCGCCUCCUCGACGAGACGGCAUCGCGCCCCGUGCGCUGGGUCGUCGUCUUCUCGCCCACGGGCUGCGACAGCCUGCUGCGCGGCCUGGGUCUCCUCGACGAGGCGUCGGGCAGGGCGCGCCCCGCCGAGGCCAGGGACGGCAGGACCUACGUCGCCACCAUAGGGCCCACGACGAGGGACUACCUGCGACGGACCUUUGGCUUUGAGCCGGACGUGUGCGCUGCGACGCCGUCUCCGGAAGGCGUGCGGCGGGCUAUUGUCGACUUUACGACGAGCCAUUCCGGGUCGAAGGAGUAG